UCCCAAACUAGUUUGAAGCCAGUCACUCUGAAGCUUAGUGUCUACUUUGAAGGAAUUAAACAUGUCCAGAAAUUACAGACUUCUGGUGAAGAAUGCCAAACAGGUGGUUCUGAUCUGCAACAACGGAGAGAAGUUUAUGACCAAACAUGAGAUACUGAAUCUUUGUGUGAUUGAAAAUGGAAGCAUUGUGAUAGGAAGUGACGGGCUGAUCACAGCUGUGGGUCCUGCAGAGACCAUCAGAGAUCAGUUUGCAGGAGCCACCUUUGAUAAAGUCAUUGAUGCUACAGGGAUGUGUGUCCUGCCUGGGUUGGUUGAUGCUCACACUCAUCCCGUCUGGGCUGGUGACAGGGUGCAUGAAUUUGCAAUGAAGCUGGCGGGCGCCUCCUACAUGGACGUGCACCGGGCCGGGGGGGGGAUCCACUUCACGGUGGAGCACACCCGGGCUGCCGGCCCCCCUGAGCUGCUCUCCUCCCUCAGCAGCAGACUGCUCCGGAUGCAGCGGGCCGGGACCACCCUGGUGGAGUGUAAGAGCGGCUACGGCCUGGACCUGCACACGGAGCUGAAGAUGCUGCAGGUCAUCGAGGAGGCCAGAAACACCCUGCCCAUCAACAUCUCCUCCACCUACUGCGGGGCCCACGCAGUGCCUAAAGGGAAAACAGUGGAGGAGGCCACGGAGGACAUCCUGCAGGUGCAGCUACCCAGGCUGAAGGAGCAGAUGUCUGCAGGGACUCUGAGGGUGGACAACAUCGACGUGUUCUGUGAGGAGGGGGUGUUCGACCUGAGCUCCACCCGCCGCAUCCUGCAGGCCGGCAAGGACCUGGGCCUCAACAUCAACUUCCAUGGAGACGAGCUCCAUCCCAUGAACUCUGCUCAGUUGGGUGCAGAGCUCGGAGCCUCAGCCAUCAGUCACCUGGAGGAGGUCACAGACCAGGGGAUCGCUGCCAUGGCAACAGCGAGAACCGCCGCCGUCCUUCUACCAACGACAGCUUACAUCCUUAGGCUGCCUCAGCCCCGGGCCAGGGACAUGUUGGAAGCUGGAGUUAUUGUUGCCCUCGGCAGCGACUUCAACCCUAACGCCUACUGCUGCUCCAUGCCGAUUGUCAUGCACCUGGCCUGUGUCAACAUGAGGAUGUCCAUGCCUGAGGCUCUGGCUGCGGCCACCAUCAACGCAGCCUACGCCCUGGGGUGCUCCCACACACACGGCUCCCUGGAGGUCAACAAGCACGGAGACCUGCUGGUCCUCAACACCACACGAUGGGAGCAUCUGAUCUACCAGCUGGGGGGGCAUCAGGAGCUGAUCCGCUACGUGAUCAUCAAAGGAAACAUUGUUGUUGAUAACGACAAAACUCUGGACCUGUAACCAUAAGACAAGUGAAGUGGCCGGUCCACAGCUUUAGGAUUUUAAGGUAACACUUUGACAUUUCUGGAAAUAUCUUGGCCUUAUUAUUUCCCUGUAUUUCCCAAAAUGUAAAAGUGUUUCUUUGCUAAUAUUGACCUUUAAAUCUGUUGUUGUCACUAAGACGUUAUUGUGUACGCUGCCUGUCAAAGAAAGUGACUGAGGUGAAUAAUCUAUUACUAUCUGUCAAACACAUGAUUUAAGAUAAAUGUCAUGUUACCUGUUGAUUAAAAUCCACUUCUCUAUUCAA